UAUUUGUCGUAUGGCUAUCCGAUUCUGCACUUCCGCGUGCGUUCUGGAAGAGUAAGGUACCGGCGGUAUUUAAGCGAAAAUGUGAAGAUAUUGGAGCCAGUUCGCAUCUUCACUCGGUUGUAGCCAGAUGAAUAAACAACACAAUGUCGCGUGUACUUAUGUGUUUUUCUGUGCUGUUCAUCCUCAGCAUCGCUAUUCAAUUCGGCGAUUGUGAAAAUGUUACCACCAACCCCGAAUGUGAAGGAAAUAUCACACUUAGUUCCGAAAAAACUCGUCUAUCGCCAAUCGAAUCCGGGUUGAAGAUGAUAAUGCGUAACUCAUUUUUUGGAUCCAAAGAAUCCAAAAAUGAUACGGAAUCUAAAGGCAUUUCUUUCUGGGGAAUGAUACAAAAAAUCAGGGAUAAGAUUCACUUUAUCGCUCCAGGAACACUUUGGUGCGGUGAUGGAGAUAUUGCGAAAAAGGAGACCGAUCUCGGUUUCUUUAACAAAACAGACGCCUGUUGCAGAGAGCAUGAUAAGUGCCAGAGCAAUAUGAUGGCCGACCAAACGGAGGUCAAUCUCAUUAACAACGGUAUUUUCACAAGGUCCUCUUGUACUUGCGACGAUAAGUUCUACAAUUGUUUGAAAAAUGUUAAUAGACCAGUUGCCUUCGACAUCGGAGUUACGUAUUUCGAUGUACUGGGACAGCAGUGUUACAAAUGUAUAUGCCCGACGGAAGAUUGCACUCUUGAUGAUGGCACGGAAUGUAAGAACCAUUGCAAGAAGUACAAAUGGCGUAACAGUCUAUCGUAUCUUAAGAAUAUUCUUUAAUUAAAAAGAAAGGUGUAAUUUAGAGUCGACAUAGUUGUUGGUGCGUGUCAAUUAAAAUGGAAAAUCUUAAAGUAUCUUCUUAAAAACGUUCGAACAUAUAAAAUUUGUUUAAUAAACACCGAUGAUCUAUUGAUUUAUUAGACAAAUUUUAUAUGUUUGAACGUUUUUAAGAAGAUACUUUAAGAUUUUUUAUUUUAAUUGACACGCACCAACAACCGUGUCGACUCUAUAAUUUUUUGAAAUCUAAUCUUAUAGAUAUAAGUUCUUUAAAAUUUAUAUGAAAAAUAUAAUCUUAAAGUAAAAUAUCUUCUGGUCAUAAUUCCAUAAUUUUUUACAUGAUUGUACGUCUUUCUUCAAUCUUUAAUAGUUUUAUAAAAUUUACUCUCUCUUAAUAUAAAUCAUUGGUCAUUCAAUUUAGAUCAAAAGAGAGUAAGCUUUAUAAAAUAUCAAAGAUUGAAGACGUGCAGUUAUGUAAAAAAUUACAGAAUUAUGACAGAAGAUAUUUACUUGAAAAUUAAAUUCUUUAAGAUUUUAAAGUACAUAAUUAGUAUUCUCUUAUCUGUUUUACUUUAAGAAUCAUUAUUUGUAUCUCUCUCUUAAUCUAAAUUAAGUAACCAUUCUAAAUAUAAUUAUAAAUUUACACUUUUAUUUAGAAUGGUUAUUUAAUUUAGAUUAAGAGAGAGAUACAAAUAAUGAUUCUUAAAGUAAAACAGGUAAAAGAAUAGUAAUAUACUUUUUUUUUAAAAGCUGUUUGUGUAAUGUAUUCCAAAAUUAGAUUUUAAUAUAUACACUGAUACUGUUUGUUUUAUGUACAUGUAAUAUAAAUUAUGUAUAUGUAUAUGUAAUAUAAAUAAAAGAGCUUGAUGCAAUGAA